UCCCCGAGCCUGGUGUCGGCGGCGCGCGCGGCAGAUGGAGAGGGUGCUCGCGGAAGUGCUGCUUGCGCAGAGCCGGGACCCCCGGGCCCUGUUCGGGGUGCUGUGCCGAGGGGAGGCGUCCGCGGAGCGCGUGGAGACGCUGCGCUUCCUUCUGCAGCGGCUGGAGGACGCGGGCGCGGGCCCGGGCGCGCUCCCGGAGGCGGCGCGCGAGGUCGCCACGGGGUACCUAGUGCCGCUGCUGCGCGGGCGCCCUGGCGGCGCAGACCCAGGCCUGCCGAGCCAACGCCGGCGCGUGCUGCGGGCGGCGGGCGCGGCGCUGCGCUCGUGCGCCCGGCUCGCGGGCGGCCCGCCGCUGGCCGCCGCGCUCGCCGAGGAGGCGCUGCGGGACCUGCUGGCCGGGCGGCGCGCGCCGGGCGCCGAGGCGGCCGUGGAGGUGCUGGCGGCCGUCGGGCCCUGCCUGCGACCCCGCGAGGACGGUCCGCUGCUGGAGCGUGUGGCGCAGACCGCUGUCGUCCUGGCGAUGGGCGCGGACGGGCCCGGGAGCGCCGAAGACGCGGCGGCACUGGCGGCCGCGCGGCUGCUGCCCGCGCUGGGCCAGUGCGGCGGAGCGGCGCUGCGGGCCGUGUGGGACGCCCUGGUCGCGCCGGGGGUGCCCUGGGGGCCGGACCGCGUCGGGCCGGAGCUGCAGGUGCUAAGCGCCCUGGCCGAGAAAUUGCUGCCCGAGCCCGGCGCGCGCGACGCGGGCCCUGACGCGCGGCGCUGCGGGCGCUUCUGGAGGACGGUGCAGGCGGGGCUGGGCAGCGCGGAGGACGCCCUGACGCGCAAGCGCGCGCGCUACCUGCUGCAGAGGGCGGUGGAGGUGUCAGCCGAGCUGGGCGCCGACUACACCUGCGACGCCCACGGAGGAACCGGCCCAAGUCUGUUUUGGUGGUCUGAGAAGAAAAAAGAUGAGCUUCUAAAAUUCUGGGAAAAUUAUGUUUUAAUUAUGGAAACUCUAGAAGGAAAUCAGAUUCAUGUUAUAAAGCCAGUCUUACCAAAGCUAAACACUCUGUUUGAAUAUGCAGUGUCAGAGGAAAAUGGCUGCUGGCUCUUUCAUCCCUCCUGGCAUAUGUGUGUUUAUAAAAGAAUGUUUGAAAGUGAGAAUAAAAUCCUGACCAAAGAAGGUGUCAUCCACUUUUUGGAGCUGUAUGAAUUGAAGUGUCUUCCGUUUUCACCAGACUUUUCUGAGUUUAUUAUUGGACCGUUAAUGGACGCCCUUUCAGAGAGCUCUCUGUAUAGCAGGUCCCCAGGCCAGCUGGUAGGAAGUGGUUCUCCACUGGGAUUAAAGUUACAGAAGUUUUUAGUCACUUAUGUUUCUCUUCUUCCAGAAGAAAUAAAGAGUGGUUUUCUGCUGAAGUUCCUCCAGAAGAUGACUAGCAGGCACUGGUGCGCCGUGCCCGUUCUGUUUCUCUCCAGGGCUCUCGCCAGUGUCCCACCCUGCCAGGCCCUGGGCGUGGAGGGGCUGCUGGCCCUCAGGGAUGUUCUCCGGCGCACCAUGGUCACGCACCAGAUCCUGCUGCGGGGCGCGGCACAGUGCUACCUGCUUCAGACGGCCCUGCGCCUGGUGGAUGCGGAGAAAGUGUCACUCUCCGACGUCUCUGUGUUCCUGGCGUCUCUGAGACAGGAGGAGGCCCUGGGUCGAGGAACCGUACUGUGGUCGGAGCUCUGCGACUGGCUGCGCGGGAACGAGAGGUCCUUCAGGCAGCCUGCCCCCGGCUCCCAGGGCCUUCUGGAGGCGUCCUUGACCGCCUACGUGAAGAACCUCGUCCAGGAGUACAUGAAGUCGCCCGCCUGGGAAGCAGGAGAAGGCGGCCUCGUGCCUGACGGACUGGAGGCCCGACUGACGGCCACGAUGGUCCUGCUGGCGGUGGACGUGGAAGGACAGAAGGCACAGUACAGUGAAAAGCGGAGAACACAGAACAUACUGAGGAUGUUCUUGGAUCCCCUGCUGGAUGCCCUGAUGAAGUUUGGCACCAACGUCUACAUGCCGGUGCCAAGGACUGACAGGGCCCUCCAGCUGCUGCUGAAGUUGUUGCACACGUGCACACUGAGAGGCUCCAGAGCCCAGGAAGGGCUGGCUUCUGCCACUGCAGCCAUGUGCUCUUCCCCUGCAGACGAGGUGUCCGCGCUCCUCCAGAACCUGGUCAUGUCCACCUCAGAGAGCGUGUCCGAGUUCAUUCUCCGGAGGCUCACCACGAACGAGCUCCGCUCCGUUGCGGAUCUGGAUCGUUGCCACUUGUACCUACUGGUCUUGACUGAGCUCAUACAUCUCCAAUUGAAGCAGGGGUGGAAAACAGGCGCCCCCGUCUGCAGGGUUGUUUCUCUCUUGAAGAACGCAUCUAUUCGGCACCUUCAAGAGACCGACAGUGGACAGGAGCCGACUCUUGCUCGUCAGAUCCAGAGAGUGGCCAGCAUGGCCACCUUGGCCAGGGUGUGUGAGGCAGUCGACCUGCAGCCUGCCCUGCAGCAGGAGUCCCUCGACCCAGCGCCCCUGGAAAGGCUCCUUUCCACUCUUCCACUGAGCCAGACGCUGCAGAAGCCCUGUGCAGACGACCCGGAGAGCCGCAGUUUUUUUGAGGAGUCGUCAUCCUGCCCAGGAUGGGGGAGGAUAGUGGCCCAGUACGUCCAUGAUCAGUGGGUCUGCCUGUCCUUCCUGCUGAGGAGGUGCCACCCCCUUGUACCAGCCGCAGAGGGGGACCAGCUGGAGCCCUCGCCGCCCACAGUGUGGACGCCGGCGCUGAUCUUGCGCGCUGCCCUGGACGCCCUCUCCAUUCUGCCCUCCGACCAGGUGUCACCCGUGUUCUGCUGCAUGAAGAUUCUGGUCCCCCAGCUGCUGACCUCCUGCGAGUCGCUCUGCGUGGAGGCCUUCGACGUGGCCUGGAGAGUCCUGACCUCCUUGAGCAACACCCAGCAGACCUUCUGGCCUAACUUGAGAGCUUUUGUUCAGUUCGUUUUCGAUGACGCUGUUCUUGCCACCGCUGCAAAAGCCAAGGGCCAGGCGUAUUUCAGGAUAAAAGAGAUUAUGUAUAAGAUCAUUGAAAUGUCUGCCAUAAAAACCGGGGUCUUCAACACGCUGACGAGUCACUGCUGCCGGUCGUGGCUGGCGUCUGCUUCCAGGGGUCCCCAGGGCGCUCUCUCGAGUGCCAGGCACUACAGCGACCUCCUCCUGGAGGCCUGCACGUUUGGAACGGUGUUCAGGCGCGAUCAGAGACUUACGCAGGAUGUACAGACCUUCGUAGAGAAUCUGGGACAUGACUGUGCGGCCAACGUCGUCAUGGAGAGUACUAAAAGGGAAGACUGUUACGUGAGAAUCUGUGCCAUCAAAUUCUUGUGUCUGUUAGAUGGCUCCAACACGUCCCACAAGGCCUUCGUGGAAGACCUUGCCGUCAAGCUGUUGGAUAAAGACGUGCGGGUGUCCCAGGCCCGCGCCCGCUACUACGCCAACUCUCUCCAGCACCGCGUGAAGAACCGGGUCUGGCAGGCGCUGCUGACGCUCUUCCCCAGGUUCGACCAGAACUUCUUGAAUGGAAUUAUUGACAAGAUUUUCCAAGCUGGUUUCACCAACAAUCAAGCAUCCAUAAAAUAUUUUAUAGAAUGGAUUAUCAUAUUGAUUCUUCAUAAAUUCCCUCAGUUUCUUCAAAAGUUCUGGGAUUGUUUUUCUUACGGUGAAGAGAAACUCAAAGCGAGCAUUUGUACUUUUUUGUCCGUUUUGUCACAUUUGGACAUUAUCAUUCAAAAUGUUCCAGAAAAGAGGCGAGCGCUGAAGCAGGCCCUCCUGGUGGCGCUGCAGUGGGGUCUCAGCCACAACUUCAGCAUCCGGCUCUACGCUCUGGUGGCUCUGAAGAAGGUCUGGGCCGUGUGCAAGGCCCUCUGCGUGGAGGACUGUGACGCGUGGACGGCUCUCAUCGAGCGUAGUCUCAGCCAGGCGGAGAGUGUGCACGGCGCAGGGAAUGCCAAGAAGAACUGGCAGCGCAUCCAGGACCACUUCUUCUUCGCCACAUUUCAUCCUCUCCAGGACUACUGCCUGGAGACCAUAUUCCACACGCUCCCGCGGCUCUCGGGCGUGGUGGAGGAGGAGUGGAUCACCCUCAGCAGGUUUUCCAGCUUCACCGACAUCCCUUCAGACACGGGGCCCCCAUGGUGCCUCUCUAGGACUCCACUUCGCGAGCUGAACCCCGGGGACUGGUCCCAGCAGGACACAGGCUCUGGCUCGGGGGAAGCGGAUGGCCCCUCUGAGCAGGCGGAUGUGCAGAAGAAGGUCAUCCCGUGGGGACACGGCCUUCCCGACGCAGACUUGGAGCUCGCGCUGCAGGACCGUGCUGCCAGGCUGGGGAAGUCCACCGGUAGCCUGAUUGUAGUGGCCUCGCUCGUUGACAAGCCAACCAACCUAGGAGGCCUGUGCCGGACAUGCGAGGUGUUUGGGGCCUCGGUGCUGGUCGUUGGCAACCUUCACUGUGUGCGUGACAAGCAGUUCCAGCACCUCAGCGUCUCCGCAGAACAGUGGCUUCCUCUGGAGGAGGUGAAGCCCCAUCAGCUAACUGGUUAUCUGCAACAGAAAAGGGCAGCAGGUUACAUGGUCAUCGGGGUGGAGCAGACUGCCCACAGCUCCGACCUGGUCCAGUUCAGCUUCCCUGAGAAGUCGCUGCUGCUGUUGGGCAACGAACGGGAAGGCAUUCCUGCCAACCUGCUGCGGCAGUUGGACGUGUGCGUGGAGAUUCCCCAGCAGGGCGUCAUCCGCUCGCUGAACGUGCACGUGAGCGGGGCCCUGCUGAUCUGGGAGUACACCAGGCAGCAGCUGCUGAGGCGCACGGGAGCCCUGCAGUGAGGUCUCCAUGAGGUUUGUGCGGCACCUCGGUGGUCACUGUGCCACGGAACUGCUUUUUAGACUGUUUGGACUAAUGAAAUAGAUUCUGACAUUGAUUGGAAUGAUUUGCAUUUUUUUGUUCUUGCGAUUUAAUGCCAAAAACUUUUUCAUGUGCCUUAAAUGUAUCAUUAUAUAUUUUCUCCUUUGGUAAACCUUUAUAGAUAUAUAUAAUAUUGCUUAUUAAUAAAAUAUUUUACAUGAUUAUGAA